AUGGAGAUGGAAGUGAAGUUCCGACUCCCAAACAAGUCCUCCCACCAGAAGCUCCUCUCUGUACUCUCUCCAUUCUACAUUACGACUCGCCACCAACACAACGAGUUCCUUGAUGGCUCAGCUUACGAGCUGAGCUCGCAGCGAGCUGUGCUCCUUCUCCGCUUGUACGAGCAAACUCGCGUACCUGAAUGCAUCGUUUGCCUCAAGGCCAAACCCGUGCUCGCUGAUGGCGUCAGCUGUAUGGAGAUGGAGUAUGAGGAUUUGGACCCUGCAAUCUUUAAGGCAUGUUUGGAUGAUCCCCAGAAACUAAUGCAAGUGGAUUUGAGGGUUGUGAGGAGGGUAAAAGAGGAGUUCGGGGUUAAGAGAUUUGUGGGGUUAGGAGGGUUUAGGAACGUGAGAAAGGUGCAUAAGUGGAAAGGGGUGAAAUUGGACGUGGAUGAGGCUAAAUACGAGUUUGGAGAAAUGUAUGAGGUGGAGUGCGAGACUUUAGAGCCUGAGAGAGUGAAGAAGAUGUUGGAAGAAUUCUUCAAGGAAAAUGGAAUUGAAUACUCUUAUUCGGUUAUGUCCAAGUUUGCAGUUUUCCGAGCCGGAAAGUUGCCUUCUUCCUAA